AAUGCUGAUGUUCGAGGAGCUCUCAGAAAUCUUCUCCGACUCUGACAACUUUGCGACGAGCAGGGAGCUGCUGCUGAAGGGAGUCACCCAAGGCACGGUACCUUACCUGGGUACCUUCCUCACAGACCUCGUCAUGCUGGACACAGCCCUUCAGGACUAUCUCGAGGGCGGCCUGAUCAACUUUGAGAAGCGGCGAAGGGUGAGUGGAACGUUGACUGUUCUGUGGUCGUUAGUUGCUGACGCUCUCUGCUAGAGCGUUCUCUUGGCGAGGCCUGUUGUCUUUGCUCGGGCGUAUCCAACAGCCGCUCACGUUACUGCAGAUGGUGAGUGUGAGUGUGAGCGCACGACGUGCAGAGCCGGGGAGGAUCAGGCUCUGCUGUCAU